AUGUCGAGUUCGUCAGCGGCCAAGUUGAACUCGAAAGGAGGCCAUCGGCGCCUCUUUGCCGGCGGCGGACCACGUGCCGCCUUGCGUCCCGGCGAGGAAAAGACCCGAACUGAGCCUCCGGCCAGUGGAACGAUUCCACCGCCGUCACCACCACCUCCGCCGUCACCACCACCACCGCCAUUGCCAGCGGCAGGUGCUACUGGUGCUGCUCCUGGUGCUCCUGGUGCUCCUGGUGCCCCUGAUGCUCCUGGUGCUCCUGUUGCUCCUGUUGCUACUGGUGCUACUGGUGCUCCCGGUGCUCCUGGUGCUACUGUUGCUCCUGUUGCUCCUGCUGCUCCUGUUGCUACUGGUGCUACUGGUGCUACUGGUGCUCCCGGUGCUCCUGGUGCUCCUGUUGCUCCUGGUGUCCUGUUGCUCCUGUUGCUCCUGUUGAUCCUGUUGCUACUGGUGCUACUGGUGCUCCCGGUGCUCCUGGUGCUACUGUUGCUCCUGUUGCUCCUGUUGCUACUGGUGCUACUGGUGCUCCCGGUGCUCCUGGUGCUCCCGUUGCUCCCGUUGCUCCUGCGGGUGCUGGGAGUGCUGCUGCAGUGGACCCAGAACCGUUACCAGGCACAGGCGCUGCCACAGAUGCAACUCCGUUUCCACCACCACCCAAUCGCCUCUGCCGUCGUUGCCGCUGGUGUCUGCGUCCCGGUCUACGUACAGGAUAUCGCCGCCGUCUUCAUCCCUGAAGAUGCCUCUGGGAAGCCGCGCGACGCGGCGCGGCGGACCGUGGUCGGGAAUGCGCACAUCUUUGCUCGCAUUUUGUCGCCACAGCCGCUCGUCGACCUCCCGAUUCACCGGCCGGGGAUGCGGGUCGGGGUCGUUGCCGCGGGUGCGGCCCAUGAACAGGGCAUGCUGGCCGGGCACAUUCAGCGGCAGCUGACAAGCAGCACGGGGUCGAACCAGUCACCGCUGCCGUUGUUGGGGUGGUACGCGGGGUCGCGCGAGGUAUUGACGAUGCGCGUGAACGGGAUGCCGGGCACGAGCCGGUCGUCGUUGAUGCGCGCCCAGCCGCUGUCGCACGUCCCGGCGGCCCAUGUUUUCGACGCGGAUGGUCUCGGACAGCUGAUGGCUUGCGUUGGCGACGAUCUUCUUGCGCUCGGCCGACUCGCUCACGAGACGCUCGACCUCGUCUGCGUUAUACACGGGCGUGCCGGCCGGUCGACUGGCUGUGGACGUCAAGGCGGCGAGGCGGUCGUCGCGCACGUAGCUGACAUAGUGGCCCGACUGGGCGCUGUCGCCGGCAUGACUAACGACAGCGGCGAGGCGGUAGAGGAUGCGCGUGCCCGGGGCAAAGAUGUGUGUCUCGAGGUAGCGCGAGACGUCCAGAAACUCGGGCGCGUCGACAAUGUCGCUGGUCUUGAACGUCCGCUGCUGCGUGCGGUCGUACCCCGUCCGCGCCAGGUGGAUGUUGAGCACCUCGGGCGCGGUCUGCAUGCGGCGCAUCCUCCGCAGGGUGCGUGGCGUCUGGCCGCAGCGGUUGCACGUCUGGCCCUCGACGUUCUCGUUGAAAAACUUGUGGAGCAGUUUCAUCAGGCCGUCACGGCCUUCGAGGCGCCUCGGCCCGCCGCCGAUGCCCGGUGCAGCCGCCGCAGCCGCCGCACCCGAACGCCCCGCCUCGGCCACAGUAAGGACGAUGCUGGGCGCCCGCUCGAUGCGCUCGCCGCGCAGACGCACGGGGCGCUUGCACAUGGUGCAGAGGAACCGGUCGGUAAUUACUCGCUGGCGCGGCUGGCGCUGUACCUCCGCGGUGCGCUGUACAGCUGCGUGGCGGCCAUCUCGACGAGCCACUCCAGGAACUCGGCGGCGUCCUGCUGCUGGCUGGUCAGGUCGACGGCGCCCACGCUGGGCAUGUUCAAGAAGCUGACGGCGAACUGGUCCGCCUGCUGCUGGCACAGGUCGCGCCAGCUCAGCGUGACAAAGUUGUCGUCGUGCUGGCCCGGCGUCCCCGUCCCGUCCGGCCGACGCCGCUCGCCGUCGGCCACGUUGAGCGUGCUCACCCAGGGCGUGCCUGUGAGGUCGUACUUGCACGCGCGCCAGAACAGCGCCAGCAUCUUCUCGUACGAUUCGCUGCCGCUCGCUGCGCUGCCGUCGCGGCGCCGCUUGUCGCCGGCCAUGGGCGGGUACAAGCGCGACCUCGCGCUCGGGCCCGGGUUCAGGUCGGGCCCGUUGUCGGCGGCCAUGGCGUCCGACAUGGGAUGCACGCCAUCGCGCUCCCACCCCCGCGGCGCCAUCGUCGGCCGCCGCAUCGGCAAACUCGGGACGGGGCUUCCGCGGCGGAUCGAAUGCAGGGCCCGCCGACGGCAGCUCGAUCGUGUGGUAGUUGUCGCCGCGGCUGGUGGCGUUGGGGUCGACCCCCUGCGGCUCGUGGCCCUGCUGGUACUCGGGCUGGUCGAUGCCCUCGGCCAGAAAGUACCGGUGGGCCCGCCAUUUGGCGGCGUGAAUGUCCGCCUCGCGCUGCUGGGCAUAUGCUUGGCGCAUUUGCAGAAGUUCAUCGAUCUCGCCGUCCUCAAGGCCGGCUUUCUUGGACUGGGCGACUUUGAGCGUCUCGUCCCAGAGGUCGUCCAUAUCCUGGAUGGCGCUGCGCUCAAACUCCUUCCACUGCUUCAUCGUCGAGAUGCUGUACAUGGGCAGAAGCGGAGGCAGGCGCCGCAACUGCAGCCGGAGCCGCAGCCGGAGCCGCUGCCGCAGCCACAGCCGGUGCGGGAGCGGGAUUGUGUGUGUUGGCAGCAGCUUGGGCGGAACCAGAUGCAGGAGCAUGGCCUGAUACAGCACUGGGAGUUUGUCCCGGAGCACUGGCGGAAGCGCUUCCGGGUGUCGCUGUUUGCGUUGGUGUGGCUCCCGCCCCGGCUCCCGCCCCGGCUGCCGCUGCCGCUGCCGCUGCCGCAACCCGUGGUGGGGGUGGCUGCUGUGUUUGCGGUGGCGCCUGCUGCGGAACUCGGUGCCGGCUGUGCGCCUGUUGCCACGGCAUGA